ACGGCGCUCUCUCCGGGUCUGAAACGAUGGAGCUCCGGACGAUCUUCCCCGCCCUGCUCUGCCUCUCUGCCGCCUGGCUGCAGUCGGCGUCCGGCGCGUUUUCACGGAGAGGACCGAAGGUCACCGAGAAGGUAUUUUUUGACAUCACAGUGGGAGGUCACGAGGUGGGCCGGAUCGUCAUUGGUCUGUUUGGAGAGAUCCUUCCUCUUACUGUUAACAACUUCGUUGCCUUGGCAACAGGAGAGAAAGGUUAUGGCUACAAGGGGACCAAGUUUCACCGCGUCAUCAAGGAUUUUAUGAUCCAAGGAGGAGAUUUCACAGCUGGAGACGGAACCGGAGGUCACAGUAUCUAUGGGACAACAUUUGCAGAUGAAAACUUUAAACUGAAGCAUAUAGGAGCCAGCUGGGUGAGUAUGGCUAACGCUGGUCCGGACACCAACGGCUCACAGUUCUUCAUCCUGUCUACCAAGGCACCGUGGUUGGAUAGGAAGCACGUGGUUUUUGGCAAAGUUCUGGACGGGAUGGCCGUCGUUCACACCAUUGAGCUUCAGGACACCAACGACAGAAACCUGCCAUACACUGAGUGUGUCAUUGUGAACAGUGGCAGGAUCCCGGUCAAAGAGCCAUUCGUGGUGGAGGUGGAGGGCUGGUAAACGGCAUCUCCUGGAGGACAAAUACUGAAUUAUUAAGACUGAUUAAGACUGAUUAUCAACAUGAAACUCCAUUUUAAUUAGUGCCAAAUUAAUAUUUUCAAUUUCUUUGCAUAAUUUACCAUACCAGUGGUAACACUUUGGACAGGAUAUUUGUUUGGAUUUUCCUACAGCGUAUAAACCUCCAGUUGUUGCGAUGAGCUACUAAAUAAAUAGUUUUCUUAAGUGAAAUUAUUCCAACAAUGAAUUCAUUGCAGGGAAGCUAACAUAAUAAACAACUUGCUGAAAUGCUAACCAUAAGCUAGCUAAUGUUAUCAUUUUUAAAUGAUCCAAGGGCAUGCUAACAUGCUAGCUGUGGUAACCACUAGGAGCUAACACAUAGAAAAAGCAGGUUAGCUAGCUAAUUUAGAAACAGGGUUAUGCACGUUCAGCCUUCAAAAGAACUAGAUAAAAAUUCAAUUCACACAUAUUAAUUCACUGAUUAUUUAUAUUAAUAUAUUAAAUCAUAACAAGAUAAAAUAUUCUAAAAUAACUUAAACGUUGGUUAAAGACGUUUCAGUUUGCAUUAAAAUCAGGUUCCAUUUGUAUUCUGAUCUCUGCCAACUUUUUUACAUCUGUCUGAAUCUCUGUGUUCUCAUGUGCUCUAUUACAAUUCAAUUCAGUUUUAUUUAUAUAGCGCUAAUUCACCACACGUCGUAAAAUAUGUCCAUGUUCUCCAAUUUUCAAAUCUUAUUUUCUAUUUUUGUUGUUAGAGGCAAAAACAAAAAUAAAAAUCUGAAAUUCAGACUGAAAUAUUAUGUUUCAUACUUUAAUCACAUUCAAAGCAUUGCAAGCGACUUAAAUAUUUUUCAGAUUUUUAUUUUAAGUUAAUGUCAAGAAAAAAAGCUAUAGUUAUACACUAUGAGAGAAAGUGCAGAAUGUGUUGGAUUGCAUGUAGGAGUGGGUGUAAAGGCAUCUCUUACUAUGCUUCUAGCUUUAAUGAUAAAUACAAGUUUAAAAUGAAGAAAACUUAAUUUUAUCCGUAGAUGAUCCUUUAAAAGAUAGGAGAUUGGGCAACAGCUCACAGCAGCAGCUGUUCAUGCCAACAAAACGAGGUUUAAUGCCACCAAGAUGAGCUGCACUCAGGACAGAUUCCUCAAAUCAGAUGUGUUUAAGUUUAAUCCCUUACUGCCUGAAUUAAUUUACAAUUUAUAUAUAUAAAAAAAGCGUUUUAGCUGUUGAGCAGUUGCUUAAAUAAAUACCGACUGCUGAUCUAAACAAAGCAUAAACAACCAACAUGAAUUUAGGUUUGUUGCAAAUCAGCGACAUUGGGCAGAAGGAAUAAUUAAACAAAUUUUCUGGCUUUGGGAAUGUAGAUUAUUUUAUUCUUGCAGCUGUAGCUGAAAAGGGGCUUUGAAACUUAAUUAGAGUAUUUCUGUUUAGUCACUGCUGUUCUAUCUUCACAGUAAUUUAAACGCAACUUAAUACUGGAUGUAGUUGUAGUACUCAUUACAAGAUGGCGCCGGUUUCCGAAAUGCACCUUGGCAUGUGAAUAAAAUGCAUCAACAAGUACUUUGGCUGCAUUAAGCCCUGAAAAGGUCUGUGGUGAAUUUAGGACAGUGGUCUACAAGCAGUUUCAAGCCCAUUGAAAUAUAAACUCAAUUCGUGAAAGAGCCUAUUCUUGCAUAACACUGGCUGGAAUGUAAGUUAUUAUCUAUCUCUACUGUAUGCUACGUUACAUUUCCUUUUAUUGGGUCAUUAAAAACAGAGGAAACAUGUUUAUAUAGAAAUAGAGCUGUUGUUGAUGCAUGCUACUAAAAUUUUACAGACCUACCAGAUUAGGUUACUUGAUUAUUCUCAUAUGUUCCCAUAAAAUCUGUAUUUUUAUAAUGGGAACAGAAAUGACCUAGAAACCUGUAGCAUUGGACACAUGGAAACAAGAGUACAUUUUCAAACCUUCGGGUACUGGAGGACUGUCACCAGUUAGUUUUAUUUAAUACUUAUUUAUCAGGUUCCCUGUGGUUUAUGCUGGCGUGCAUGUAUAUUUAGUAGCGUCAUCUUUAAAAUGUUGUACCUGUGUAAAUAUUGAAGAGACUGUUUAUUCAGCUUACUUUUUUACAGAGAAUAUUAUUAUAAAUACACGGAUGACGCUGUGAAAAUAAAUAAUGAAAACUUAGAGUUAUAGCUCUGUGCCAAAUCAUUCACAUCUUAUGCAUUUAAUCUGAACAUAUCAGAGUUUUGAUGCCUGUUUUUAUCUUUAUGCAAAAAAACUCCGUAGCAAGUGUCAAAUGUUGUAGCAAAACUGUUUUUAUUACAUUUGUGAAAGGAUUAUGUAUCAUAUCAUGUUUUCUAAAACUACAGCACAAAUAUACACAAAUCAACAUUAUGUGGAAAGAGUAAUGAAUUCUGUGCUACUGUUAAUGUCCUCUAAGUACUGAUGUUAAAUGUUUCAUUAUGUCUCUGACUCUGAUCCUGUUAUCCCAACCUCUUUAUUACCUGGAAGACUCAUCGUAGCAUUAAUUGCAAAAAGUAUGUUUUUCCUCAAAAUGAAUCUUAUGCAGAAUUUAACAGAAGAGCAAAACUAAGUGCCAACCAGUUUUGUUUUCUACAAUAAAACUGCGGAUUAUUCCAAAAUUA